GUCGGAGCCAUUUCGAGGUUGAGCCAAGCGAACUUCCGUUUGUCAUUCAACGAGCACGGCAGUUUGCUUCUCCUCAGCUCUUCAAAGAAAGGAGCUGAAUUCCGUGACCAGACAUCAUGACCCUGUUUCACUUCGGGAACUGCUUUGCCCUCGCCUAUUUCCCUUACUUUAUAACAUACAAGUGCAGUGGCCUCUCAGAGUACAAUGCCUUCUGGAGAUGUGUCCAGGCUGGAGCGACCUACCUGUUUGUCCAACUCUGUAAGAUGCUGUUCCUUGCUACGUUUUUCCCCACAUGGGAAGGAGGAGCUGGAGUUUAUGACUUCAUAGGGGAAUUCAUGAAGGCAACAGUGGACAUGGCAGACCUGUUGGGUCUCCAUCUUGUGAUGUCUCGUAAUGCCGGUAAAGGGGAGUACAAGAUCAUGGUGGCCGCCAUGGGCUGGGCAACAGCAGAACUUGUGAUGUCCAGGUGCCUUCCUCUGUGGGUGGGAGCCAGAGGGAUCGAGUUUGACUGGAAAUACAUCCAGAUGAGCUUUGACUCUAACAUUAGUUUGGUCCAUUAUAUCGCCAUGGCAGCAGUGGUGUGGAUGUUCACACGAUACGACCUUCCUAAGAGCUUCAGGCUUCCUGUUACAGUGCUGCUGGCUCUCUGUGUAUACAAGGCCUUCCUAAUGGAGUUGUUUGUCCAUGUCUUCCUGCUGGGCAGUUGGACAGUGUUGUUGGUGAAAGCUGUGCUGACUGGUGCCAUCUCUCUCUGCUCGCUGUUCCUCUUCGUCACUCUGGUCCACAGCAACUAAGUACAACUCCGCACCCUUUGAUAAGCCUGCAGCAGUCUUAUUGGUCCAGACUGGACCUGGAUUGUGAUAGAUAGAAGCUGACUCCCAAUACUUUUUCAGUCUAAAUAUCACCAAAAACACCAAAGACUACUGAAAAGGCUUGUUGAUAUUGGGUAGAUGGACUGGUCUGAUUUCCAAACAAGGCUAAGCUACCAACUGGUAAGCUAAACUUCUUCCGGUUUGUUUUAAUCAGUCUAAACGGACCAUUGAUGGGAAACAUGUGCUGGAGCUUUGUCUGCUUUCAGUCCAAGCUGCAGGUUGAGUGGUGACAUCAGGAAGCUUCCGUUAUAUCAUUGGCUUACCUCAGCUGUGUUGGUUUUGUUAGGUGAUUUUUGUACCACAAAUGAAUUGAGACUUUAUAUAUAACAUUAUUCUUUUCUAUGUGUUGUCUAAUGUGUCGGCAUAAUGCUUAGAUGAAAUCGCAAAGUGAAUUUAUAACAAAUUAAUGACAGUGAUAGUGCAUUGAUAGUCCAAUGUGUGGCCACCAAUUUAUUAAUUUAUUUAUAUACCAGUAAAUAUUACAAGUAGGUAACUGUAACAUGAUUUUUCUAAUCCGUAAAGAAAUUGUAUUGAAGAUUUAAAGUUUAACUCAAACAGUAUGAAUAAACUGAGAUCCACUCAGAAUUAUGACAACAUCAUGUUAAAUUGUAGGCAUCUGGGAUUUUGACAUUAAAGUAAUAAAUGUCUUUUUGUCUUAACUUUC